AUGGCGAAGCCACGCAAGGUCAAGUGCAAGAGGGUAUUCCAGAUCUUCGCUUUUGCGGUGGCUAUCUCGGACUCCGACAACGACACUAUUCUCGAAUGCAUGUCAGCCAACCGAACUGCUAUCAACCCAGAAGAAAUGACAGCUACUUAUACCUUCAAUUUUCCAAAUACACAGAAGGAGAUUCCGUUCUACGUGAAGGCCGGGGAAACACCGGGUACUGUCACCUUUACCGUAGGUGCAGAUUCCACUCAGAGAGAAGGCAUAAUUUACUAUACUGACUAUGUCAACUGCGAUGUAGUGGACUUGGACUUCCAUGGUCAUCAGUGCACACUAUGGGCAAGAAAAGAAGUGAAAGACAACGUGCCACAAAACUGCAUUGACUACUUCGUCGACACCUGUGGCGUCAUCGUCCCUCAACAUAGCAGAGACCUCUGCUUUGAUGGAGAAGGAGACUACAAAUAA